CCCGGAUAUACCCUACAAGUGGACCGUCCGAUUCCGCCUAGAAACAAACCUAGACCAUCCGUGGAGUGCAGUCGAGUGUGUUUCCCAGCCCUUUCCCCUUCUCGACGGAAUGACUCAGGCCAAGACGGAAGUUCCAUCGGAAUGCCUCUUGACGGACUUGAAGUCCUCGGACUUGAUGGACUUGGUGGACUUGAAGGACGGGAGCAAGAGGUCCUUCAGGGAUUUUUCGGAUUCCCACGUCUCUGAGAGCAUCAGGGACCGGGUCAAGCGCACCUACUUCACGAUGCACACCUAUCAGACGGUCGAGUUCGUCAAAAAUCGGAGGACGGCGUGGCUGAGAUUCGACAAGUUCCGCGCCCCGAUCAUGUCGGUCCUGGAGCGGCUGUCGGACGUCCUGGACGAGAGCGACCCGGACGUGGACGUCCCCAACAUCCACCACGCCUUCCAGACGGCGGAGGGGCUCCGGGCCAGGCAUCCCAAUCUCCCCUGGCUGCAUCUCACGGGGCUCAUACACGACCUCGGCAAGUCGGAGACCGACCCACCCGACCCGAUUCCUCAACUCGAACGCAUCUACACUCCCCUUCCAUCGUCGGUCGGUCUCGAUGAGCUUCGCCGAUUUUUUCCCCCCCGACAGAUCAUGGCAGUGUACGGAGAGCCGCAGUGGGCAGUGGUGGGCGACACCUUCCCCGUCGGCUGCGCCUUCGCCCCGUCCAUCGUCUACCGCGAGGACUCCUUCCACCUCAACCCAGACUACAACCACCCCAAAUACAAGACGAAAUACGGGACGUACAGCCCCAACUGCGGUCUCGACGACGUGCUCAUGUCCUGGGGACACGACGAGUACAUGUACCAGGUCCUCGUCCACAACAAGUCCACCUUGCCCGAAGAAGCCCUCUACAUCAUCAGAUACCAUUCCUUCUACCCUUGGCACGACGGCGGCGAUUACAUGCAUCUGUGCAACGAGAAGGACCUUCGCAUGCUCCCAUUCGUCAGGGAAUUCCAGAAAUUCGACCUGUACACGAAAAGCGAGUCGAUCCCGGACGUGGACGCGCUGCGGCCGUACUACCAGGGCCUCGUCGACCGAUAUUGCCCCGGGGACCUGGAAUGGUGACGGGAUUCUCUUCCUUAGCAAUUCCUUUAUUUUACCUCGUUCUUCGAAUACGGACC